AUGCAUGUGCAGGAUAUGGGCUCUUUAAAUGAAAUUACUGCAGAUUUUGAAAUUGACAUUUUGUUUACUCAACUUUGGCAUGAUCCAUCACUUUCUUUUUUAAAUUUAAGUAGUCAAUGUGUUAGAAAUAUAACAAUGGAAUCUCGUUACCUUAAAGAUAUAUGGACACCUAAUACGAAAACGUCAGUGCAUGCAUCGCCUACAGACAACAUUAUGUUUAUCCUGUAUGAAAAUGGAACUGUUUGGAUAAACCAUCGGCUGAGUGUCAAAGCGCCCUGUAACCUAGAUCUUCGUACUUUUCCUUUUGAUACACAAAAUUGCGUGCUUCUGUUUGAAUCAUAUUCCCACAACAGUGAAGAAGUAACUUUGCAUUGGAUGGCUGAACCAAUAACUCUAAUGAAGCAAAUAACUCUGCCUGAUUUUGAUAUGAUUCAAUUUAACCCAAAAGGGAGGGCAUUGCUUUACCCAAACGGAAGAUGGAGCCAAUUAGAAGUUGGAUUUACAUUUAAACGUCGUUAUGGUUUUUAUAUUCUACAGGCUUAUGUGCCCACUUAUUUAACAAUAAUUGUUUCUUGGGUGGGCUUUUGUAUGGAACCCAAAGCAUUGCCUGCUAGAACAACUUUCGGAAAUAUUCACAAAAAUCUUCCAAGAGUAAGCUAUGUAAAGGCAAUGGAUGUCUGGAUGUUAUCCUGUAUUUCAUUUGUAUUUGGUACGAUGAUCGAAUUGGCUAUUGUCUGUUAUAUUACAAGAUGUCAAAAUUCAAAAAAAGCUAAAGCAAAAGCCAUCACUAGAAGAGCUUCAAUGGCCCCUCCUCCUGAACUUGUCAGAUUUGAUGCACCUGCAAGUCAAUGUAGUAGUGUUCGUUUGCAUGCACUGCCCAUGCGAAAUGGUUCUGUAGCACUUCAAAGACGGGUUUCUAAUUGCUCAAGUCUUGGCCCAUUACUCUUUAAUAGAAGAAAAAAAUGGUGUAGCACAAAAAAUAAAGGAAAUGGUGAAUGUACUGGAGGUGUUGAUGGAACAACAAAAUUAAUUAAAGAAGAAGAACAACGUCCAUUAAAAUUAAUAUUGCCUAGAAGUGAAGGAACUAGAGAUUUGAGGAGAGUUUCUAAUGCUAAAAGUGAAUCAGCAAAUAGUUCAAGUUUUGGGGACCAAUUUUCUUUUCCUGAGCUUCAUUCACCAAUCAUUUCGCCUUCAAGUCGUAAUGCUCAUUAUAUGUCGUUUGGAAAAGGUUUGUCAUUAACUGACGAAAAUUGGCCGGUUGUACAACCUGAAAGUAUUGACAAGCUGUCGAUAGUUAUAUUUCCUUUAACUUUUACACUUUUCAAUUUAAUUUAUUGGUGGCAUUAUCUUUUUUCUAUGAGUGGGCAAUUCAAUGGUGGAACUCAAAACAAUCCUUCCUCAUCAUCUUUAGGCUUAUCUCCGCCAAUAGCAAGCCUCAAACCCUGA